AUGUCUGUUGCUGAUGUUGCUUUAAGCCCGAUUCAUAGAGGAUCGGGGUUUUCUUUCGGUCACGAACAACAAUCGAAGCAUUACUACUCUGUCAAAUCGGUUUUGGUGUUCCUUUGUGUAUCUGGUUCUACCAUGCCUAUGCUCAUUUUGGAGUCCGAUUCGAUCGCUGAAGUGAAGCUUAGGAUCCAGACUUGUAAUGGGUUUAGGGUAAGAAGACAGAAACUUGUUUUCAGUGGUCGAGAGCUCGCGAGGAACGCGUCACGUGUCAAGGACUAUGGUGUGACUGGUGGUAGUGUGUUGCAUUUGGUGCUUAAGCUCUAUGAUCCUUUGCUUGUCACUGUGAUAACCACUUGUGGUAAGGCCUUUGAGUUUCAUGUCGAUCGUCGUAGAAAUGUUGGGUAUUUGAAGAGAAAGAUCUCUAAAGAAGGAAAAGGGUUUCCUGAUGUUGAUGAUCAAGAGAUCUUGUUUAGAGGUGAGAAGCUUGAUGAUAACAGAAUCAUUGAUGGGAUUUGUAAAGAUGGAAACUCUGUUAUCCAUUUGCUCGUUAAGAAAUCGGUGCCUGCUCUUGUUGAAGAUACGGUGAAAAGAGAAGACUUUGCUGCUGAUUCUGGUAAAGACUUCGUGUUAGAACCCGUUGUUCUCAAUCCCGCUGUGAAACUACCAAAGGUUCUCGAGGAUAUGAUUGACCGCACGGUUGAUGGGUUGAACAAAGGUAAUCCACCAGUGAGAUCAGCUGAAGGAACAGGAGGGACAUACUUGAUGCAGGAUUCUUCGGGUCUCAACUAUGUAUCUGUCUUCAAGCCCAUGGACGAGGAACCAAUGGCUGUGAACAAUCCUCAGAAGCUUCCUUUGUCAUCAGACGGUCAGGGAUUGAAGAGAGGUACUAGAGUAGGAGAAGGGGCAACUAGAGAAGUUGCAGCUUACUUAUUAGAUCAUCCAAAAAGCGGACCGAGAUCUUUGUCUAAAGAAGUUAUGGGUUUUGCCGGCGUGCCGCCAACCGCUAUGGUCAGACGUUUUCACAAAGUGUAUAAUUACACAGAGGGAGUCAACAGUUGUACUACAAAAGAUGCCAAAGUUGGUUCUCUGCAAAUGUUCAUGAAGAACAAUGGAAGCUGCGAAGACAUUGGCCCUGGAGCUUUUCCUGUUGAAGAAGUGCAUAAGAUAAGCGUCUUCGACAUAAGAAUGGCAAACGCAGAUCGACAUGCCGGUAACAUAUUGACCGGGAAAGGCGAAGAUGGCAAAACAGUUCUCAUUCCCAUCGAUCAUGGCUAUUGCUUGCCUGAGAAUUUUGAAGAUUGCACAUUCGAAUGGCUUUACUGGCCGCAAGCGAAAGUCCCGUUUUCUUCGGACACUCUUGACUACAUAAGCUCGCUAGACUCCGAGAAGGACAUUGCGCUUCUGCGACUCCAUGGUUGGGAUGUUACCGAAGCCGUUUCACGCACUCUACGUAUCUCCACGAUGCUUCUGAAGAAAGGCGUUGAGAGAAACCUAACUCCAUAUCAAAUUGGAAGCAUAAUGUGCAGAGAAACAGUGAACAAAGACUCUGCGAUUGAAGAGAUAGUGAGAGAAGCUCAUAACUCUGUGCUACCUGCGUCGAGCGUGGCUACGUUUCUUGAAGCAAUCUCUGUGGCCAUGGAUCGUCGUCUGGACGAGCUAGCUAAGUAA